GCACACUGAUCAUCAGUGCCCUGAUCAUCAGUGUACACUGAUUAUCAGGGCACUGAUCAGUGCCCUGAUGAUCAGUGUAGCCCCAUCAGUGCCACCUGUCAGUGUCCAUUAAUGUCACCUGUCAGUGUCCGUCAAUACCACCUGUCAGUGCCAAUCAAUGCACAUCAAUGCUACAUAUCAUUGCUAAUCAAUGCCACAUAUCAGUGCCUACCAGUGCACAUAAAUGCCACAUAUCAGUGCCCAUCUGAGCUGCCUAUCAGUGCUAGUCAGUGCCGCCUAUGAGUGCUGCCAAUCAGUGCCGCCUAUCAGUGCCACCUAACAGUGCCAGUCAGUGCUGCCUAUCCGUGCCGCCUUUCAGUG